UUCCCAGAGUUCUUUGCUCCGCACAUGCGCACUUUCCUUUCCUCGUCCAGUUGUGGAACGACUAGCAUCAUCAAACCUCAUCAUGCAGCUGUUCCUGCGCGCUCAGUCUCUACACACACUCGAGGUGUCCGGACACGAGACCGUCCAUGACAUCAAGGCUCAGGUCCAGGCUCUGGAGGGUCUGUCUGUGGAGGAGCAGGUGCUUCUGAUGUCCGGAUCUCCACUGGAGGAUGAACACACUCUUCUGAGCUGCGGAGUCACCGAGCACUGCACACUGGAGCUCACCGCCAGACUCCUGGGAGGUAAAGUUCACGGAUCUCUGGCUCGUGCCGGUAAAGUGAGAGGACAGACACCCAAAGUGGACAAACAGGAGAAGAAGAAGAAGAAGACGGGCCGCGCCAAGCGCCGCAUCCAGUACAACCGCCGCUUCGUUAACGUGGUUCCCACAUUCGGGAAGAAGAAGGGUCCCAACGCCAACUCCUAAACCCCGAGCACACACACACACACACACUCUGGAGGAGCAUGUGUGCAGAAUAAAGAUGCUUCUUGAGCUGA